UUUAAGAAACAGUAAUAGUUACAAGUUAGAAGGAUUGUUAGAUUGGGCUAUAGAGGAGAGUAUUAGCAUGGCAGAGACAAAUAUGAGAAGCAAAGAAGGCUAUUACAUGAUGAAAGAUAAUUAA